CGAUCCAAAUAGAAACAAUCCACUUAAAAUAUCGAGUUUGCAUACAUAUAAAUGACAUCUUUGUUAGUUCUAUGUUGCAUUUUUAUAGCAUUUUCGCGUACUUUAGCUCACCAAGAGGGUGAAAUCUCAGAUGUAUCCAGAAUCUCAGAUGACAUGGAAGAAGAACAAAUAAGACGUAUACAUAAUGGCAGAAGGGAAUGGGAGUACGAAGGAAUCCCUAUCGAGUGGCCUAGCAGAAGAAAUAUUAAUGUGGAAAUUAGCAACACUCCAAAACCUACCUUCAACCCACCUCUCGAUCGCCGUUACCGUCGAAUCUACAAUGCAGACGAAUUGGCAAAUAUAGAGGACUACCCAUUCCUGGCUGCGCUGCUGGUGAACAAGCAGCUAUGGUGCGGUGGUGCUAUCAUAGACUCUGACAAGAUCUUGACUGCUGCACACUGUUUACAGCUACAAUACAAUAAUCGAUUCUUCCGUGAAUAUGUCAAAAUGUUGACUGUCCGAAUCGGCUCGACCAACGCGACCUCCGGCGGCAAUGUGUACCGAGUCACAGAGAUCUUCUUCCAUCCAAACUAUAAGCCAAACAAUCUGGAGUUCAAUUUUGCAGUGCUAGGAUUGCAUAAGAACAUAUCAUACGACAAGGAAGACAUAAAACUCUCGAAAAUAGAUUACUCCACUGACAAAAAGGUGCCGACUGAUAGCAACAUAACUUUUCUUGGAUGGGGUUCAGUAUUGAGUUCUGGUGGGCUCGGGGGCCAAGUGCUUCUCCAGAAGUUGGACCUGCCUGUCUACGAUCUAGCUGACUGCCAGGAAAUUUAUGGACGAGAUCUUGUUACAAGAACCAAUUUCUGUGCAGGCUAUAUAACGCUAGCCAAGAACGUAUGUAACCAUGACGCAGGUGGACCUGCGAUUAUGGACGGUCGAUUAGUCGGCAUCCUGUCUUUCUCCUCGAAGCGAUGCGACAUCGCGGACCAGCCUGCAGUUUUCUCGUCAGUAGAAGCCGUCGCAUCAUGGCUUGAGACUCUUGGCGAAAAGAAGCUGUCGUAAUUAAAUUAAUAUUUAUC